UACCAAUGAAAGGGCAUCCAUCUCAAGGGGAAGCCAUGGGUUAUACCAUGGAAAUGUUUGUUAUUUUUGUACUGGCUCCCUUUAUGGUGCUGAUCGUAUUUUCGGUGGCAACGAUGCUAAUCAUCAGAAAGAUUCGGCAGCGCCAUAUGGAAAGGCUGAAUUCGAGGGACGCAGAAUAUGGCACAAUUGAAGGGCUCAUCGCCUCAAACGUUGGCGACAACACAUUGGCAGACCUGUUGGACCAUUCCUGUACCUCUGGGAGCGGCUCAGGGCUGCCUUUCCUGGUACAAAGAACAGUGGCUCGGCAGAUUACCCUCUUGGAGUGCGUAGGGAAAGGCCGAUACGGAGAAGUCUGGCGAGGACAAUGGCAAGGAGAGAGCAUUGCUGUCAAGAUCUUUUCUUCCCGAGAUGAAAAGUCCUGGUUCAGAGAAACAGAAUUAUACAAUACCGUGUUGCUGAGGCAUGAAAAUAUUUUAGGUUUUAUUGCUUCAGACAUGACAUCACGGAAUUCCAGCACUCAGCUGUGGCUGAUCACACAUUAUCAUGAAAUGGGCUCGCUCUACGACUACCUGCAGCUGACAACGUUGGACACUGUGAGCUGCUUACGAAUAGUUUUGUCCAUAGCUAGUGGCCUUGCUCAUUUGCACAGUGAGAUAUUCGGGACCCAAGGAAAACCUGCCAUUGCUCACCGGGACUUGAAGAGUAAAAACAUCUUGGUUAAGAAAAAUGGGCAGUGUUGCAUUGCAGAUCUAGGUCUGUCCGUCAUGCAUUCUCAAAGUACCAAUCAGCUGGAUGUUGGGAACAACCCCCGUGUAGGUACCAAGCGUUACAUGGCCCCAGAAGUCUUAGAUGAAACAAUUCAGGUGGACUGCUUUGACUCCUACAAAAGAGUUGACAUUUGGGCAUUUGGACUGGUCCUCUGGGAAGUAGCCAGACGCAUGGUUAGCAAUGGUAUAGUUGAAGACUACAAACCUCCAUUUUAUGAUGUUGUUCCUAACGAUCCUAGUUUUGAAGACAUGAAAAAAGUAGUUUGUGUGGAUCAGCAGAGGCCAAAUAUUCCCAACAGAUGGUUUUCAGACCCUACAUUAACUUCACUGGCUAAGCUCAUGAAAGAAUGCUGGUACCACAAUCCAUCGGCAAGAUUAACAGCUUUGCGUAUCAAAAAGACGUUGACCAAAAUUGAUAAUUCCUUGGACAAGCUCAAAUCUGACUGUUGAUUAAAAAAAUAAUAAUGCCACAAUGCUGGCAGA